AUGGCUUUGCAAGAUGUGUGUGGUUUUCAGGACUCUGCUCUUUAUCCAGCAUGCAGCUCUUCAACCACUGUCAUACCUGAUGAAGAUAACUGGUUUUAUUCAAGAUCAUCCUACAAGCACAAUUCCACUUGGAGAGAACCAAGAGCAAAGCAUGGUGGCAUUCCUCUAUGUUUUUUCAUUCCUCGCUCACAAAACACUUUAAUCUGUGCAAACCACACAAAUGCUUUUUUCUCUCAGGGGUCUAAUCCAUCUACAUCAGUGACACGUCCAUUCCCUCUGUCUCACGGCACCACCACCUUGGCUUUUUCCUUCCAGGGCGGCGUCAUCGCAGCGGCAGACUCUCGCGCAAGUUGUGCCGGACUGGUUGCCUGCCCUACCACCAACAAGAUCUCUCCCAUCCACUCCCACCUGGUGGUCACCUCCUCAGGCUGUGGUGCUGACUGCAUGCUGUGGGAGCGGAUCCUUGCCCGAGAGAUCCGCCUGUACCAGCUCCGCCAUGGCCGCAGGCUCUCCAUCGUCGGCUCCGCCAAGCUCCUUUCCUUCAUGCUGCAUCCUUUCAAGGGGACCGAAGUGUGUGUGGCCUUAACUCUGUGUGGAUGGGACAGAGAGGAGCGAGGGGUACACAGCGAGACACAGGGAGGAGCCAUGGAAUCUCAAGUCGGCACGGCUGUUAAAAGCAACAAGGGCCUCAGUGUUUGUGAAAUCCCUGUUAGAUGUGUUUCAGAACCAUUACCAGCGAAUGCCCUCAGCCGCCCUCUUGAGUCUGAGAUUCAAAGAAAAUGGGAAGACCCAGAAGGCCGGGUUGAGCCUUUCAUGUUGUCACACCAUGAUCAAAGGACCAAAACACAGGCUGCCUCAAAUCAGAGCCCCAUCAGCUCUCAAAUCACCACCACAAAGCAAUCUGGUCCCAGGCUUUGUUAUGUGUGCAGUGAUGGGACUUUCCUGAGGGGGGAACUGUUCUCUGUGGGCUCUGGCUCCCCAUAUGCUUACUCGGUGCUGGACGGUGCCGUGAGAUGGGAGAUGUGCGAGGAGGAGGCCGUGUCUGUGGCCAGGGAGGCCGUGUACAGGGCCACUCACAGGGAUGCGUACUCGGGGAACAAUGUGGACAUCUUUCACAUCACUGCGCGUGGAUGGAGGCGCAGGGAGAGGGAAGACUUGAGAGAGGAGUACUACAGAGAGAGACUGAGAAGACGUGGACAGAUGAAAGUGAGGGAGAGAGAAGAAACUAAGGGGAAUGAGGAGAGAAUGAGGAGAGAAGAUGCUGUGUAACAGGGACACAGUUUUACAGAAGAAAAACUGUGAUCAGAAGGGGGAAAAAGGAUGAAAGCCAGCAAAUGGUGUUGGGUAGCAUAGUCACCUAUAUAAGAAUGAAUCCGUCUUUAAUGAAUAGUGUCAGGGUAAACAAUAGAAAGUGAUUGCACAACAAUGACACACAUUUUUAGAAGCCUAAUUUUAGUGUUAUUUCAUGCAUCUUGCUCUUCCUAAGUAUAGCUAGCAAA